GCAGUUGUUGGAGAGAGAGGAGGUUUUUGUUUGUGUACUUGGAUGUGGUUGACUUCGAGCGAGAGUUGUUGAGGUUUCGUGAGUUUUUGGAGUCAUUCUUAUUAUCAUUCGAUCCUUGUUGUUUUUUUUUGUUUUGUUUGUUUCUUUGUGUAUUUUUAGGUUUCAUUGGUUUUUUGGUUGAGAAUGUCCGAGGAAGGUAGUUGGUGUGGCUGGUAGAUUGGGAAGGUAUUGUUGCUGCUUUUCAAAUUUGGUUUAGAUUCGGUUGGAUCGAUUGCGUAGUAGUGCCGGCGUGAAGGUACGGAGGAUGUUGCAGAGCAUGAUCAUGCGAGUGACCUCAGAAGUUCUUGGAAUCUGCAUCAUUCGAGCUAUCCCAGAGAAUUCUGUCCGUGCUAUAAGAAUAUUCUUGGAUUCUAGUAGAUUUCUCCAGUAAUAGUGGAGCAGCGUUCUGCUGUAGAGCCAGACUCUCGGGAAAUGUGCUAUAAUGAGAACCGAUGAAAGAUGUCCGUCAGUUCUCGAGUUAGACGUGGAUGCCGCAAGUGGAAUGCCUCACUUUCUGCUGUGAGAUCCUUUAAUAAUCUCGAUCUGUGAGGUUUGGGCCCAGUUUGUAUGGUUCGGUGCAAUCCCUGCAUUUGAAGGCUCACCUCGAUCUUCUUAUUUCGUUUUUGUUGCGCAGUGUAGAGCACUAGCAGCGUGACCUUUUUUAAACAAAUGCAGCACUGGAUUCUGAAAUAAUCUGUAGAGUGACGGAGAUUUAUCUGGGAUUGGGGAGGCUAGAAGCGCUCAUUCAGCGCGUUGAAUCCAUUUCUCACAGGUGAAGCGGAAAUAGUGGUUUGAGUUGUAUGGCCGGUUUCCUGCAUGCUCGGCUUGCUGGCGACCUUGCUGUGGGCAAGCCUCCACUGCACAAGUACCGCAAGGACCUCUCAGUGGGAGAGGCCUUGAGAGCUCUCAAGAACAGCCAUGACCCGGAGCUGAGCAUUUGGGACGAGUUUUGCCCCUUGACAGAGAAACCUAUCAAAGAAGCUGCUUCCCUACCUCGGGGUGCUGCAACGGAGAUUGUUGGCCAUGUUACGUCUAAUCAGACCCUGGGCAAUGGGCACAGUUGUAAUGGCUCACAGGGCUUGAAAGGAAGCUUGUGGCGAUGUGUGGGAAAGCUGGGUAUGGUGGACAUCAUCUGCUUUCUAGCUCGUGAUGAAAGCUUGGCGGAUCAAGGUGCUGCCCUUCGAACUCCAGUCUCAGCCAUUGUUCCGGAUAGUGCGUGCAGUGUCCAGCAUGUGGACUCCAAGAGCAAGUUGUUUGACGCCUUGGCCCACGUAUUCGAUGGUGUACAACACCUCGUCGUGUCUAUUGAUCCGUCCGUCUUGAACCGGUUGGCUCGCUACAACAGCAUGCCAAAGCCCAAGAGAGUAGUCCCUCAGACAUUUCUAAACGCAAAGCAGGGGAAAUCUUUGGGCUCUCACCUAUCUCUUUCCCCCAAAAUUCCACCCCAUGUAGGCCAAGAGUAUUGUUGGCUAACGCCAGAGGAUAUCCUCCAGUUUCUAUUAAGUUGCAUCGGCUUAUUCUCGCCUCUCCCCAUGAUGACCAUCCAGCAACUCGGGAUCAUCAAUAUGGCUGUACUGUCUGUGAAAUCAACCGCUGAUGCAAUCACUGCAUUACCUUUGAUACAACAAGCCGCUAGGGAGAUGACGGCCGUGGCUGUUGUCGAAGCGGACGGGGAAAACGAGGAGGAUCUUAAGCUUGUUGGCGAAAUCUCACCCUUCACCAUGAAGAGCUGUGACGAAAAGGCAGCUUUAGCUCUCUCGACCCUCUCUGUGCGAGACUUUCUGGCUUUCUCUCGGGAUUGUGAAUGCCCUCCCAAUUCCCUGGUUCAGCUUGUCGAGUCCAGGAUAUGCGAGAAACUGGAGCAUUUACAAGCCACUGAAUCUCUUUUGUCAGAUCCUGACAGCCCGGUUUCGUUCCCUUCCUCUCCCUCAAAUAGUAUCUCAUCUGUUGGCCCGCUCGCUACAAUUUACAGCAUUGACAGCGGUGAGGAGUCGUCUUCUUCAGAUGAGGACUGCAUUGGACAGUCUCCCACCGGUCCAUUUGGCUCCUUGCACAGCCCUUCUUAUUCUUAUUCCAAAGGGAGAUUGGCUCCCAAUAUGUGUCGGCCAUGGAGCUCUCUGGUUGCAGUGAUGGCUCAGGCUCUCACCCACCGGGUGGGUUACAUCUGGGUGACUGACGAUGAUAAAAACUUGAUUGGAAUUGUGACAUACUUGGACAUAAUUCAAUGUAUCCUUGGCCACCUGUACUCGUGGGAUUGAAACCUGCCGAUUUGUUUGUUUCAUGUAGUGAGUUAGCAUCGUGAUGAGUAGAUUGUCAAGUGCAGACUUGGACUUCACAGUGGCUAGCUGCGUAGCCACUGUUAACCUGCCUGGAGUUGACAGCUUCAGUAAUGAAUAUUACAUCAAUUUUGCUGGAGAGUAAUGGUAGUGUAGCGCAGGCUAGUGCAACCCUGCGCAUGCGGAACCCCCUUGGCACCCCCAUGUACAAUACUGUAACCGAGUUUAAAUUGAUACUUAGAAGGUUCUCGCAACCACCUUUCACAGAGCUUCGAUGGUAGCAUUUGGCUCUGUGGAUACACAUUUCUGUACCCACUUGUAUAUGCACCCAUAACGGGUAGUUUAUAAUACAACAGACCUUUUGGUAA